AGAGAGAGAGAGAGAGAGAGAGAGGAGAAAGAGCUGCUGGAAAGCCAUAAUGGUCUCUGGCGCGUGCAGCGGUGCUGAUCUGCACACUUUAUGUCACCGAGCAGCCCUGCCUUCCUCCCUUUACAGAGACACGCACACACACACGUACAUGUCGUCAGCACAGCUUUAGUGCAGCCUAAGAGGAUCCUUCAUACUGCUGGAUUACUGGAUUACUGCCGGACCGUCUGUCUUCUGUGCUCAUAGGCUGCAAAUUUGAUCCUAAUUUUGUUCAGCUCCACGCUGGAUUACAUUACAUCUCCAAUCCGCAUAAGGAAGAAAGAGAGGACGAGAACGCUAAAGAGAGGUGGUGGCUCAUCACCAGUUGCCUUUUCUCUGCCUAAAGGCAACCGGCUUUUAUUUUCCGCAUAAAGGAAUACACCCUGGACCUGGGUUUGUCAGGACUUGAUGGAAUAUAGAUACAUUUCAUGCAUCUCGAGCAUCUCACAUAUCUUGUUUGUUCACUUGUAAAGCUUGACUUGCCUACAAUGACCGUUUCGCUAUAAACACCAUCCAUCGUUCUCACCCACUGCAUCAUAUCAUGCUUUUCACAAGACUCUCUGUUACAUGAACUCUGUUGCAUGAACUGUGUAUUCGAUAUCCUACAAACAGAAGGAGUGGCAAAGCUGUAAAGAGACAGGGAGUAAAGCGAUAGAAAGGACGAGUGCGGUGGGGUAAGCAGUGGGGGGAACUGCUUCAGACGUGCUCUGACAGGUGUAGUCACUCAUCUAUUCUCUGGCAUAUGCACAGUCGGCAGUUAGCGAAAAAACGAGAGGAUGUAAUUGUUAAGUGACAGGGAGCUGUCUUAAAGAGAGUCAAGAACGUGCAAGAGAAAAAAGGCUUUUCUAUAUUCUUAGUUGAAUGAGACAGAUUUUGAAUUGCUCUAAUGGCGCUAUUAGAGGUGCCUCACGAAAGAGUCUUCUGAAACAUUAGCCACCAUGCCAUAUGUUUAAAGCACAGGACUAGCAAAGCAAAAGGUGAUCAACUCAACAGGUCAACUGCUGCUUUACUUGCAGGACAUCAGAUAGUAAAAGGUGAAAUUAUGCAUGCUAUAGACUGCCUUUAGCUGUACUUUCUGAUAAUAGCACAAUGAAUCCCAGAAAUCACUUAUUUCAGCUGGGAAAUCAGGCAUCUGGCCUGAUCAUAUAUCACAGACAAUAUUAAUAUCUUCUUUGAACUGAUUAUAAAGUGUGAGGAAUAAAUACACCAGGGAUUUUAUAUGGAUACAAACAAAAUAUAUAAGCAAGCUCUAGGUUGCUUAAAGCAUAUUGUUGAAUAAGAAGAGGUUUGCCUCAAGGACUUCAUUUCAUUGUUUUAGUAUUUAAUCAUUUACAUUGCUAUGCUGCCAGGAAGAGACCAAAUGCACAAAUAUUCGACACAAGCACAGUGUUUUGGAGUGCCUGGAUUUAUCCCUAAACCACAACCCUUCGCUUCCUAACCCUACCCAAUCCUUUUACAACAGACUUGAAUUUCUUACUUUCAGGCUUUUCUGAAGGUGUCUUUUAAUCCAAUUUGAUAUUCUGACUAUAAGAAGAGGAACAGACCGAGACCAGAACCUCAAAGGCUUUUCAUGGAAAACAGAGUCAUACCCUGUAGGGAGGAAUCUCCAGAACUCAACUAAGAACUUGUUUCUUUUACGUAGCCGAGAAUCCGAGGAGGGAAAUCCCUCAACUGGAAAUUCAGACCAAGAUGGGCUGUAACAUGUGUGUAGUAAACCGGCCUGAGGAGCAGUACAGGAUAAUGUUUCAGAAGGGGAACAUGAUGCGCCCCAUUGAUGCUGAAAUAAAGCUUAAAGGUAGAAGAACAUCUCCAUUAUCCCAAGACAAGGAUGGCCAUUCCCAUGAUCCUCUAUUGCUUCAAGUGGUCCGGAAGGGACACAGGAGGAAAGCAGGAACUGCAUCAGGAAGUGCCAGACUUAUGGCUAUCACAGACUGUAUGGACAACUCCACGCAGACAGAUAUCAGCUUCCAGAACUUUCUGGGUGUUGGUCGAGGGAAGCAUACCAGCUGCAGCUCUCCGAAACCCCCUCCAUCUCCUCCACUUCCCCCAAUGGUGGAGUCAUACCUGCUUAAUGACCUUACUCUGGAGAAGGACUCUGCUGAUCCCAACGAUUACCUAGAUGUUACUAAUCACGAAGUGGAUCGACAGGAAGAGCUGGAAUAUGAGGAAGUGGAGCUUUAUAAGUCCAGUCAGCAGGACAAGCUUGGCCUGACAGUGUGCUACCGCACUGAUGAUGAGGAGGACCAGGGUAUCUAUGUAGGAGAGGUCAAUCCAAACAGCAUUGCUGCUAAAGAUGGCCGCAUCCGAAAGGGCGACAGAAUACUGCAGAUAAAUGGAGUUGACGUACAGAAUAGAGAAGAAGCAGUGGCCAUCCUUACCCGAGAAGACAGCACAAAUUUUUCACUGCUGCUUGCCAGACCAGAUGUGGAGCUGGAGACUCAAAUGGACCCUGAAGAUCUGGAUUUCGAAUUACCAGUAGGCAUGAGUGUGGACACUCUAAACAGCUCGCACUUAUCCAAUCUAUACCAUCAUCGGCAGCAAAGAGGCCAGGCGGGAAUUCAUGAGGUCCCAUUACACAAUGAAACACCCUUGCUAAGCUUGGCCACACUUAAUAACAGCCAGGAGCUGGACAGUGGUGUGGGACGAACUGACGAGAGCACCAAGAAUGAGGAAUCAUCCGAGCACGAUAUACUCCUUGGCGACGAGCAGACCAGUGCCUCCAAUACCAACACCACUAAUACACCACAUAGUCUCCGCAAGUUCAGGCCUGGCAGGGGCAAUGGAGGUGGUGGAGAUACUCCAUCCCCAUUACUCCAUAUUGGAGAACUUCACUUCAGCACAGACUCCCUGGAUUGUGGUGGUGCAGGGGGAGGAUAUUUCCAUGAUCCAGUGAGCACAAUGAUGAUGCCUGGUCUGACCGAAGAGGAGUGUGAGAGGUACAAAGAGCUGCUAGAGAUCAAGUGUCGCUAUGAAAGAAAUAUAAAAGAAGGCAACGGAAAGAAAAGCGCUGAGGAAGUAAGUAAGAAGGAAGAAGGGGAGGAGGAGGAGGAGGAGGAGGAAGAAGACAAAGAGGUGUCUCUGGAUGAAAACUCGAAUGAAAGCCUGACUCCGCACGAGAUGGCACUCCUGGAGGAGGAACUACGGCAUCUUGAAUUUAAGUGUCGGAACAUUCUGCGGGCACAAAAGAUGCAGCAGCUACGAGAGCGCUGUCUAAAGGCAUGGCUGCUGGAGGAGGAGGCUGCAGCAAGGGGGUCUAAUGACCUUCAAGGUUCGCCACACCAUGAGCUGUCAGAUAUCAAAGAACUCCCUGAGAGAGAGCGAUCCGACAAGGACACCAGUAGUGCUUACAAUACUGGAGGAGAAAGCUGCAGAAGCACACCUUUGGUGAGUGAUCGCCUCUCUCCUGUGGCUCAGAUAGAUGAGUCUGGUUCUGCUUUGCAGGUGAGACACAGAGACCGACCAAGCUGGAGUGAGAGGGGACGUGGUACACUCAGUUAUUCACCCAGUAGCUACAAGAAGUUUCACAUGAACACCAAUAUCAACCAGAAGUAUCACUCUUUGUCUCGAGAAGGGACCACUCGUUCACUAGCAGAUGGUGGUACACAGGGCAGGAGCUCGAGAUCCAACAGCAUCCAUGAAAGGACCGGUGGCCGUAGUGCUGAAUCUAGUCCCUAUUUUACUCGAAGACAUCACUCUAACCGACCCAAGCCGGAGCGCUACCAGAGCUGCAUGCAGCUAGGCUCCUCAUUCACAGAGACCACUGUGGAUAGAACUGUGGAAGGGGAGAGUGAGGCGCCAGUUGGCAGUAGUGGCCGGGCAAGCCCUAUGAGUUUAGCAAACAGCACACUUAGCCCCAUGCUCCACACCAGCCCAGCAAAACACUCGCUGGAUUUGCCUCUGCAGCUUCCACCUGCCUUACCACGCAUGGAGUGGAAGGUGAAGAUCCGUAGUGAUGGUACACGCUAUGUAGUAAAACGACCUGUCCGCGAUCGCUUACUGAAGGCCCGUGCCAUAAAGAUCUGUGAAGAACGGAGCGGCAUGACCACUGAUGAUGAUGCUGUAAGCGAAAUGAAAAUGGGCCGAUACUGGAGCAAAGAGGAGCGCAAGCAGCAGUUGCUGAGAGCCCGGGAGCAACGACGACGACGCGAGUUUAUGAUGCAAUGUCGACUAGAUUAUCUUCGCAAUCGUGGCCAAGACCUCGGGAAGGAUGGGCAACAGGAGCCAGGUCAGGCUCCUACCUCCAUUCUAGAGAUAAGCCAAAAGAAGAGCUCAAAGAAGCGCAAUCGUCGCAUUCUGGACAAUUGGAUCACCAUCCAAGAGCUGUUGGCUCAUGGUUCUCGCUCUCCAGAUGGGACAAGAGUCUACAACCCUCUUUUGUCUGUCACUACUGUCUAAGAGAAUAGCACAGAAAAAAAAAGCUUGAGCAAUCUUACAAAUUUCUGAGUAGCACAUCGCCAUUACAUAUAAGCAGCAUCGAGGUAACAAGCACAAUUGUUUUUCAUCUGUGCUGGUGCUCAAAAUCCUUCAUUUUGAGUAAAUGUGCUUAUUUUCCUAAAAUGUAGAUGCUUUGGUUUUAAAAUCAAACCAGCUUAAUUAAUUACCUUCUAAAUCCCAAACAUGAAGCCUUAUAAUUUUCUUCUAGUUAGCAAAGACCACCAAUAAUUACAAAAAAAACCCAUCAUAUAAUCUUAGCAAAUAGUCUGGAUCAUGUCUUAAGGAAAUAACCAAAAACCAAUGAAAAUCUUAGACCUCAGCUAUAGUGAAAUAUUAUACAGCAUGUCUUAAUUGGAGCUGACUUGGUGCUACUUUCUGUGUUAAGUGUCUAAGCAUCAACUCCAACCUUACUGGAAUAAUGAACAAACGUUGUAAGGUCUACAGAUAUGCAUACAGUUGGAAAUGCUGAAAAGCUGUUUAGUGCAAAUUGUUACAUAUUAGGUCUUCAGUUAUAACAAAUACUUGUAGAAACUGAAAAGAUGUUCAUUAGGGCCUUGUUUUAGUUCUAUUCUAUCUAAUGCUAUGAGGAAUUCUGGAAUCUAGGCCCAUAAAUCAGCAUCCAGUCCCAGCACAACUUCUUUGGCAGCACAAUAAAUUCCCAGGCACAUAAACGUUAUUUGUGUGAAUUCUACAGUCUAUAUUACAUACUCUCACAAGUAAACUGCUAAAAUAAAAUAAAUUCCAGAAGAAGACAAAUAUCUGUGGCUUCUGUCAACAGAAUGUUAUGUUACAAUAGAAAUCCGCAAAAGAAAAAAGCACACAGCAUGAAAGAUCAAAGUUUGAAUCAAAACCCUUUAUGUUUCGUGUCAUUAUCCAAACCAUUACUAAAUGGGGCUCUUUAAUACUGUAGAAUCCUGUAAUGGUUAUUUAACAACUCAGUGCUGAUACGGUCAUUAUAAAGUCUAAUUUUAAAGCACAGUUUUCCCUUCAAAACCUAUAAUAGAAAAAGGAAAGGAUGUUCCUGCCAGACACUACAUUUUAGAACCACUGAGGUUGGACAGACAACAUGGUGCUGAAUAGGCACGGUGCAUGUUGAAGAAAAUACUGCCUAUACCAUAGAAACUAGGACAAGGCGAAUGUGCAUGAAAACACUAACACCAGCAUAACAUAGACACAAUUUACUGCUUAUUAAAAGUAAGGUUCGUCAAUAUGGACACAAUAUCCUACACUGAAUAUCCUGCUACAUAUUGUGACUGUGGUCCGCUUUGCAAUAUGUUCAAAGAAAACACUGAAAAGCCCUUAAUGUGACAUGGGUAAAGCCUUGAAACCCUGGUGUGAAUAAUGAAUUAUUUAUGGGAUUAGUCGGUGUGAUUUAUACUCGAGCAGAAUGGUGAUAUAUGUUUAAGAUAAUCACAGCCUCACAAAUGAAAUAGUAAUCACUGUAAUCAUUAAUUGAUAUCAAUGAUAUAUUGUAAUAUCAGUUUGAAAAGGCACAGAAAAUAUGAACAAUGUGAUACACUGUGAGUGAUCGACUCAGUGGCACUUUUAUAAGGAAUACAGCUACAACUGCACAUUCGUGCAAAUGUCAGCCAAUCGUGUAGCAGCAGUGUGCAAAUGUGAUCUCAGGAUCGUGGAGAUGCCUAGAUGAGGAACGAGAUCCGAAGAGAAUAGCCAGACUGAAACACUAUGAAUUCUUCUGCUGUUGCAUACCAUCUGCCUCAAAAUUCAAUGUGUUGUGGAUUAUGGGAUGCUUUUCUGCUCACCACAGUUGUAAAAAGCUGUUACUUAAGCCAAUGAGAUACUUUGUAUACGUCCCCAUUCUGAUGUUUGAUGUGAACAUUCACUGAAGCGCUUGACCUACUUACUUUUAUUCGGCUUCUCCCGUUAGGGGUCGCCACAGCGGAACCAUCUGCAUAAGUUGGCACAUGUUUUUACGCUGGAUGCCCUUCAUAACGCAACCCUCCCCAUUUAUCUGGGCUUGUGGCAGGCACUAUGGCUUGUGCAACCCUAAUGGCUGGGGUUAGUUCCCUGACCGGGGAUCGAACCCGGGCCACAGCGUUGAGAGCGCCGCAUCCUAACCACUAGACCACCAGGGAACCUACUGAAGCGCUUGACCUAAAUCUGCAUAAUUGUAAGCAUAGUGCUGCUGCUUCACAAUUGGCUGAUUGAAUAGAUGAAUGAAUAAACAGGUGUAUGGGUGUUCCAAAUAAAAAGGCCAAUGAAUAGAAAGUGCUGAGAAUGUGUGUACAGCCAUAACAACUAAAACAUAGAUCAAAUUCUACCAGCAGCAUCAAUUGAAGCACAAGACCAAAAAAAGGCCAAAUCCGUAUUUAUGCAGCAGAUGAUGCUCUGCAGAGUGCCCAUUCCUGAACUCUGAAUCACAGUAUGAGUGACGUGUUAAAUUGUAAAUAAGUAUGUGAACAAACAGAAAAACCGCUUUGCUUAUAACUUAUUCUGAUCACUCUCACCCUCCGCUCUAUGCUUACCAAGUGACUUUUCCCACUUUUGGAC